AUGUCGUCCGAAGAGAAACCCGGAGCCGCGCUCCCUGUCCAUGCGAAAGACAACCCCAAUGUUGACGCCGAGGGUGCGCCCACCAAGAGUGCUCUAAAAAAGGCGGCCAAAGAGGCUGAGAAGGCUGCAAAGAAGGCUGCUGCUAAAGAGAAGGAAGCGGCACAGCGAGCUGCCCAGCAAGCCGCUGCAGAUGAAGACAAAGCGGUCGACAACUACGGCAACAUUUCCAAGGCUAAAGAGGCCGAUGCUGUCAAGCUAAAGGACCUCACCGAUGAGUACGCCAACAAGACAGUCACUUUCUUCGCGCGGGUAGAGAACACAAGAUCACAGAGCGCGAAGCUGGGAUUCUUGACCCUCCGCGAACAGGGCUAUACUAUCCAGGCUGUGCUUGCAGCUGCUGGAGACGAUGUAUCCAAGCAAAUGGUCAAAUGGGCCCUCCAGACGCCGGUUAACUCAAUCUUCCGUGUCACUGGUCUGGUCAAGAAGGUCGAUGCUCCCAUCGCUUCAGCUACUAUCUCUGGUCUUGAGGUCGCUGUCACGAGAGUCUAUGAAGUGUCUCGUGCGGUGGACUUUCUGCCCAUGGCUGUUCGGGAUGCUGAAAAGCCUAUCCCGGAGUCAGGUAUCGUCGACCCAGAGGACAAAAGCCCGCCUGUUCCUAUGCAUAUCCGCCUGGAUAACCGUGUCAUUGAUCUGCAAGCCGACAUCAACCAGGCUAUCUUCACCAUUUCCAGUGCUGUCGAAGUGCUCUUCACGGAGUAUAUGUUCAAGCAUGGCUCUCGCAAGUUCAACACUCCUAAGCUCGUGGGUGCAGCCACUGAGGGCGGUGCUGGAGUCUUCGCAGUGACCAACUACUUUGGCAAGACCGCCUAUCUGGCCCAAUCGCCGCAGUUCUACAAGCAAAUGCUCAUCGCAGCCGACUGUGAAUCCGUUUUCGAAAUUGGUCCCGUUUUCCGUGCUGAGAACAGCAACACCCACCGCCAUCUUACUGAGUUCACCGGCCUCGACUUCGAAAUGGUCUUCAACAACCACUACCACGAAGUCCUCUCCUUCGGCGAGAACCUAAUCGUGCACAUCCUCACCACGCUCCAAAAAGAAUACGCGCGCGAAAUCGCCACCAUCCAACGCAUCUACCCGCGCGCCGGCGACUUCCGCAUCAAAGACAACAAAGCUCUGCGCCUGAAGUACGCCGACGGCAUCGCUCUCCUCAAGGAAGCCGGCGUCGACACCUCGGAACAAGACCGCUUUGAGACCGACCUCAGCACCGCCAUGGAGAAGCAGCUCGGCAAGAUCAUCCGCGAGAAAUACGACACCGACUUCUACGUCCUCGACGAGUUCCCCAUGGCCGUCCGACCCUUCUACACGAAAGCCCACCCCACGGACCCAAACCUCUCGAAUUCCUACGACUUCUUCAUGCGCGGCGAGGAAAUCAUGUCCGGCGCCCAGCGCAUCAACGAGGCCUCCGAGCUGGAGCAGAGCAUGCGCGCCAAGGGCGUCGACCCCAACGCCGAGGGCUUCAAGGACUACAUCGACGCGUUCCGCCAGGGGUGUCGGCCGCACGCCGGUGGUGGCCUGGGGUUGAAUCGCAUCGUGCAGUUCUUCCUGGGCCUCGAUAACGUCAGGCAGGCGACGCCCUUCCCGAGAGAUCCUCAGCGCUUGCGGCCCUAG